UUCGAUGGCUGGACAGAGGCUGGCGGCGGGCUUCCUGCAGGUGCCCGCGGUGACACGAGCCUACACCGCGGCCUGCGUCCUCACCACGGCCGCAGUGCAGCUGGAGCUCCUCAGCCCCUUCCAGCUCUACUUCAACCCGCACCUGGUGUUCCGGAAGUUCCAGGUCUGGAGGCUCAUCACGACUUUCCUCUUCUUCGGGCCCCUAGGAUUCGGCUUCUUUUUCAACAUGCUCUUCGUGUUCCGCUACUGCCGCAUGCUGGAGGAGGGUUCUUUCCGUGGCCGCAAGGCCGACUUCGUUUUCAUGUUUCUCUUCGGUGGUGUUCUUAUGACUCUGCUGGGAUUCCUAGGCAGCCUGUUUUUCCUGGGACAGGCCCUCAUGGCCAUGCUGGUCUAUGUAUGGAGCCGUCGCAGCCCUCAUGUGAGGGUCAACUUCUUUGGCUUACUCAACUUCCAGGCGCCAUUUCUGCCCUGGGCCCUCAUGGGCUUCUCGCUGCUGCUGGGCAACUCGGUUAUCACAGACCUGCUAGGGAUCAUUGUGGGCCACAUCUACUACUUCCUAGAAGAUGUCUUUCCCAACCAGCCUGGAGGCAAGAGAUUGCUGCUGACCCCCGGCUUUUUGAAGCUGCUACUGGAUGACCGUCAGGAGGAUCCCAAUUACCUGCCCCUUCCAGAAGAGCGGCCAGAGCCCUAAUGGCAGCUCCUGGACAGUCAGCCCACUCUGGCCAGCCGGAGGCUGCUAACAGCACGCUCUCCUUCCCUCCACCUCAGCUCCAGCUGAGUAGCCCAUCGGAAGGCCUACCAGCAGCCUCGGUGCCUCAGCCAGCAAUACCCUCCCCUUCUCUGUACCAUCUCUGCUCAGCCGGAAUGACAGGCCAGGGGGGCCAGAGAGGCCCAAGACUGCCUACAGAUGCCUAGCUGAGUUCUGAACUAGUUACAGACCCACAGCUCUCAUCAUCUUUAUGCUCCCAGUGCGAUGGAGACCUCAGUCCCAGUCAACAGGAAUCCUGCCUGCCUGGGGCUCCUACGGGCUGAUGCCAUCUGCCCAGCCUGUCUUCAUUUUAAAGCAAGUCUUCACCUCCAGCUGGUGACCCAAAGGCCCCACAGUCUCAGGCACAGAGGACAAGUCUGGCCCUCGACCAUGCUAGUGAGCCCAGGACCUUGAGCUCUAUUUAAGUAGUAGCCGUGUACAGCAGAGGCAGUUCUGGAACAUUCCAUUUGUCUUGUAGCUGAAGGCCUGUGUGAGCUUGCCUACCUAGCUUUCCUUGUCGCUCUACAUCUGGCCCACGUCUGGGGUUUACUCCUGGAUGCCCAACAGUAUGGGAAUUCCCCAAGCCAUUGCCUGUCAUUUCUAUGGUAACAAAAAUGUUUUCUACUGAGUCUGACUCAAUUUUGUAGUGAAACCAGGUGUGGCCAUUGCUGUGUGGAGUGGAGGGUUUUAAGACUGGCAGGUUCUGAGGGGUGGGUGGGUGGAGUAGGGUACUCCCUAGGCGGACCCACUGAGAGAGGGUAGCUGCAGUGUGGAGCUGGGCUGCCAGUGUCACUGUCUUCAGUCACAGCCUGUAUAUCCAACUUGCCAAGCAGAGUUUGCUGUAGUGCAGACCCAUGUUCAUUCUAUACCACAAACCGUGGACAGAGGAGUGAGCUUACCCCAGGCACAGCUUGGGGGAUGGGGAAGAGGCUCUACCUCCUCUCUCCACACUGCAAACUCAAAAGGAUGGCACAUGGCUGUCGUGCUAUUUCCCUGUUCCUCACAGUAGGCUGGGAAGGAGAAGCUGGCCCAGGCCACAGUUGAGAUGAACUUAGUUAACCUUUUUUCUGGAGCUGCCAGAACUAAGACAAAGACUUCUGUUUGCAUGUUAAUCAUGUGUCCAGAUGCUGUCACACAUGACCAAGUCCUCCAGGAUGGAUUCAUUCUAGAGCAGCACGGUCCCUCCAGUGGCAGCAGCCUGUCUGGAUGCAUCGGGACCAAGGCCAGCAGAGAAGCUGACACUGUCAACCUCUACAAGGAUCUGCUGAGCACAGAGAGCCCCUGGGAAGCUGGAAGGCACAAGAAAGAACAAUGACUGGGCUCUGCUCUGGGGGCCUUGUGGCUGGCUAUGCAGACUCAGAGCUAAAGGGCGGGACAGACAAGGAUUGACACGUCCACCUGGCUACACACCCCUCCAUCCACACAGGUUCUAUCUCGGGCUGGACUCCUGGCUCUCAGUUUUAUGCUACUGCUCCAAGGAAAUUGAACAUGUUACUUUUUAUUUAAAAAUUGUUACCAGCCCUGCCUGGGGCUCCUAUACAAAAACAAAAUACAACCCAAAUGAGGCUGCUUCCCGA